GCAGCGCUGUAAAGAGAGACAGACAGAGACGAGUAGUAGAGACAAAACACACACAAGCUGACUGAAACCUUCUCUCACAACACACACACACACACAAAGACGAAGAAAGUAGGUAGACAGAGGAGCACACUUGAAACUUACCAGACACACUCAUUUGUCCUCAUACAAUCACUCACACACUCAAUCACCGGCAGCAGCAGUAUGUUUCUGUUGAGGCUCCCCCAAGCACUGUGUGUGCUGUCGGCAUGUGUGUGCCUGGUUCUCGCAUACGGGGAGGAUGAUAUUGAGGUCAACUACGCUGACACCUACUACAAUGAAAUCACAGAGGGAGACACGCCAGAGCCCACACCGAGCACAGCUCCCUGCAGUUCUUCCAACUUGAACAAAUGGGACAAAAUCUUCUCGAUGCUGGAGAACAGUCAGAUGAGGGAGAACAUGCUGCUUCAGUACGCAGAUGACAUCAUCAAGGUGGAGAUGGGGUCACUGCGACAAGAAAUGCUCAGAUUUGUAGCCCAGUAUGGUAGCUCCUGUGGGAUUGCAGUGGAGACAGCAGGAAGAAGGACGGCCUUGCAACUGGAAGGACGCCUCAGAGAAACCUUGGAACGCCUCAAAAUUAGAGAUCAGACUACUGCUGCUGGUGGCAAUUCUGUCGGGAAUUCAAACCACCUGGAGGCAAUAAUGCAGCAGCUCCUCUCCACAGCGCAAACACUAGCUUCUCGACUCGCUAAACUGGAGACCAGUUGCUUCAGCAGCCCGGGAGCUGGCACAGGAAUGAAUUCAAAGACUAGAUCCCAGCUUCCAGAAGUUGGAGCUGCAGGGACCUCAGAGCAAGAGGUCACAUCACGAGAGGUGGCUUUAGAUGGGGUGCUGGCUGCACUGCAACAGACAAGGGUGGAACUGGAGGAGGUGCAGAGAUCAUCAAGGCAAAGACAGCUACCCGCAGGUUGUGAGAUGGCGCUCCUCUUCCCCAUGCGUUCCCGUCGAAUCUACACCUCCGUCAUAUCAAAUGUUCCUCUCUCCCUCACCGCCUUUACUGCCUGCAUGUGGGUGAAGCCGACCACUGUCUCUAACAAAACCGUACUGCUCUCCUACGGAAACCGCCGUAACCCAUAUGAGAUCCAGCUGCUACUCAGUCAGACCUCCGCGUUCUUCACCAUCGGAGGAGAGGCUCACUUGGUUGAGGCAAGGGGUGUUGUGAACCCAGCAGGUUCAUCUGAGUGGAUCCACUUGUGUGGGGCCUGGUCAUCAGAACAAGGCUUGGCAUCUCUGUGGGCAGGUGGGAAAAAGGUGGCCACCACACCUGGAGUGGCUGAGGGACAUGUCUUACCUGACGGAGGAUCAUUCCAGCUGGGGCAAGAAAGGAACGGCUGUUGCGCUCAAAACAGCGAGAGCGGGGUACCAGGGUUUGAAGGAGGGUUUGAUCCCAAGCUGGCAUUCGCUGGGAAGAUGACAGGGGUGAACAUGUGGGACAGGGUGCUGUCAAUGGAGGAGAUUUCCCAGCUGGCUUUGAGUGAGGGCCAGGGCUGCGAGCAGAGGGGUAACAUUGUGGCGUGGGGAGUGACGGAGAUGGUGCCACAUGGAGGUGCUCAAUUCAUCCACUAACAGAUUCAUACCCUCCGUGGUGGAAAUUGCCAUCAGCAUCAUUAUGAAUAUCAGCAACAUGGUAAUGAGUUUUCAUACUAAAACUAAAGAUAUGAAAGUUCAUUUUGUCACAUAAUCUUUCGAACUGUGGCCUUAACACACACACACACACACACACACACUGGAAAACAUUCAGCGUAGAAAAAUUGUUGCAGGAAAGACAUUUACCAAAGACUUAAUUAGACUGCAAGAAAGACAAAGAGUCUAUUGUUGAUGUGAACGAGUUCUGAGCCAGGAAAAAGAGUAAUCACCAGACAUCCACACAUGACAGGGGAAUAAGAGGUCACACACAGUCACGAGAAAUUGUCUUCUAACUGUAGAGAGAUACAUGUUUUACAGCAAUAACACAUUUCUUUUUGUCUAGAUUUGUACAGAAACGGCAACAAGUUGAAGAUCAACUGCCGUUUAACCCCAUUCCAACUAACAGAAGAGGUACUAUGACAACAUGUUAAUUCUGCGUUGUAAUGCAAUAUGCUGUGCAACAAAGGAUGUAUUGAAUACCUGUGUGAGUGAAAACUGCUGUACUUGCUUUCACUUCAAGCAUGGCCAACUAGCAACUCUACAAAUAGUUUCAAAUGAAAUAAUUUUUUUUGUUUCAAUAUCAUCAUUUUCAUGAAUUUCACAAAAGCUUUUAAAGCAUUUUUAAAACCUUACAUUUCCAAACUUAUACUCAUCAAAAGUGUUUACAUUCAUAUGAGUUAUGUAAUUCCAGUUCUGCUUUGUUAAGUCUUUGUCAGUAGCUCUCAUUUAAUUUUAGGGUAAGAAAUGUGUGUGCCUUCUUUUUUAAUACUGCAUAAGACUAAAACUGUUACAUUUGUGAUGUGAGAUUGACAUUUUUUUUUUAUUUGAUAAAAGAAACUGAGGAUAAUGUUUACACAAUCUAAUCUUUUAUGAACUAAGCUGUAUUAUACUGUAAAUUGUUUUUGCUGUUUUGGUUGUUCUUGUGAAAAGGUGAAUGUAUUUUGUACAUAAAUAUAUUUUGCAUAACAUGGCAGGAUGAAUGAAGAGUGAGGUAUGAAUAAACAUUUCAGGUUUGUUGGAUAAA